AUGGAAGCUAUUGCCGAGCACGAUUUUAAUGCGACUGCCGAAGAUGAAUUGAGUUUUCGUAAAUCACAAAUUUUGAAGAUACUGAAUAAAGAUGAAGAUCCACACUGGUAUAAGGCUGAACUGGAUGGUCAUGAAGGUUACGUGCCAAGCAAUUAUAUUAAAAUGUGUGAACAUGACUGGUAUCUUGGUAAGAUUAGUAGAGCCGAUGCUGAGUCGUUGUUACUGAGGCCUGGCAAUCCUGAUGGUGCUUUUUUAGUGCGACAAUCAGAAAGUUCUCCAGGAGAUUUCAGCAUAUCAGUUAGGUUUCAAGAUUCAGUGCAGCAUUUUAAAGUGCUGCGUGAUAAUAAUGGGAAAUAUUUUUUGUGGGUCGUUAAAUUCAACAGUUUAAACGAACUGAUCAAUUACCAUAGAUCAGCCUCUGUUUCUCGUUCUCAUACUAUUCUUUUACAAAAUAUGGAUACCGUUACAACUCAGCAAACUACACUGGUUCAGGCAAUGUUUGAUUUUAAACCACAAGAAGAAGGCGAAUUGGCAUUUAAACGUGGUGAUAUUAUAACUGUUACCAAUCGAGAAGAUGAUAAUUGGUGGGAAGGUAUGUUGAACAAUAAAACUGGGAUGUUCCCUGCUACGUACGUUUGUCCUUUUAACAAUUCUGCUCAUUAA